CCGCUAAGUGGGAUGUAGCGAGCAUACAAAUGUCGCAACAUCUCGCCAUUUCAAUCUGUAAACAUCUGCUAAGACAGAGUUAAAAACUCCUCGAGCCUCUCCACACACAGUCACCUCAAUUCGAUUACCACAGAAACUCACAAUGACUCGUGUUCUGCUUACUGGAGCAAGUGGCUUCAUCGCUGCACACACUCUUGACAUCCUCCUGGAGCGGGGCCACUCCGUCGUUGGCACAGUUCGCUCGCAAGAGAAGGCCGACAAGAUCAAAGCGCAAUAUAACGGGAAAUAUGCGGAUAAACUGAGCUUUGCGAUUGUGCAUGACAUCGCCCAAGACGGUGCUUUUGAUGAGGCCGUCAAGUCAGACCCCCCCUUCGAGGCGGUCCUCCACACUGCCAGUCCGUUCCACUUCAACGUCACCGACGUACAAAAGGACCUCAUUGACCCCGCAGUAAUCGGAACGAGCGGUAUCCUCAAGUCAAUUAAGAAAAAUGCACCCUCGGUCAAACGCGUCGUCAUCACAUCCUCAUUCGCUGCCAUCAUACAAGCCGACAAGGGAUUUUGGCCUGGCCACACCUAUUCAGAGGAUGACUGGAACCCGAUCACGGCUGAGGAGGCGACCGAGAACCCCAUGCUGGGCUACCGGGCAAGCAAAACCUUUGCCGAGAAGGCUGCCUGGGAGUUCCUUGAGAAGGAGAAGCCUAACUUUACUAUCGCUACUAUCAAUCCUCCGAUGGUGUUCGGACCCAUCGCGCACGCCCUUGACAGCCUCGACAACCUCAACACGUCAAACGAGCGCAUCCGCAACGCUUGUCAGGGCAAAUUUAAGGACGAAAUCCCUCCUUCUGGGGUCCACCUGUGGGUUGAUGUCAGGUCUUGCGCGCAGGCACAUGUCGCCGCUUUCGAAAAGGCCGAGGCUGCGAACAAGCGUUUCUUCGUGACAGCUGGCUACUUCUCGAACAAAGAGAUCACCCAAAUCAUCAAGAAGAACUUCCCAGAGUUCAAGGACUUGCCGAGCGACUCGACGCCUGGCGGUGACUACCCCGAGGGCACACCGGACAAGGGCCUGUACACAUACAACAACAAGCGCUCGAUUGACAUCCUGGGCUUGGACUACAUCCCUCUGGAGAAGUCGAUUGUUGACUCGGUCAAGUCGUUCCAGGCCAAGGGAUUGUAGAGUUGUGUGUCAUGGCUAGAGUUGGCAAUACACAAACGCGUAUAUGAUGGCGGGCGCACCAAGCUAAGCUCCGUGACAGUCUCCAGGAGCAGUAUCCUGGUCCGUUCACUGUCGAAUAUAUGAUUGUAGCCAAGUUCACAGCACAGGGUUCGGGAAGCGUGAUUUGGAUACACAUAACAUUGAUAGACU